UUGUAGCACAUGCGUAUAUUCCUCGUUUUAACUUCUUCGGGGAUUGUCCAGCUUCCACACUCAGUAGGCUAAUGUGUGUUGGGAUCGUACCGAUAACUGAAAACUUUCUCACGGGAAGUUGUGAAAGUCAAGAAAUUGUUGAAAUUCACAUUUCAUGGAACUGCAACAAACUAUUCGAAGGAGAUUUCUGUUUCCUUAUGAGUUUCUGAUUGUCUUCGGGAACACUAGAUUGGCAUUUGCAAAAGGAGCUAUAAAAGGUAUACAAUAUGUUUAUUAGAGACAACGGUGAAUUAUUUGAUGACCACGAAUUGGAGAAUAAUAAUGUAUAUGAGACGAAAUGAUUUGACUCCGAGGAUACGUCAAAGAACGUUUGAACCGCAGCUUGCAUAGUAAACGUUUGGGAGAUAACUUUAUUUAUAAAUGAUCUGAUCCACGUGACUUGAGGAUUUUAUCCUAGAGGAGUUAAAUGGUUCUGAUAACAGACAGCAGAGAUGGUGGAGGCUCAUCUCCCGGAAAAGUUAAACACUCUAAAAGUGUUGGCAAUGUUGCCAAAAUCUAUCCCACUAUUGUGGAGGAAGCACCUGAUCGCGCGGACGACGGUGAUUAUGACGAGUAUUUCAGCUCGUGCGGACCGUAUGAUGAUGAAGACUUCGAUGAGUUGGAAGACUUCUCAGAACUGCCGGACACCAUAAGUAUCGUCUCGGAUGAUUCCUUUUAUCCACCGGACGAUGACUUUGCUGACUCCGAGAGGACACCCUCACCGGAGAGCCCCGCGCCGUUGUCGUUUUAUCAAGCGUGUCUCAAUAACAACGCGCUUAAAGUGAAACUCAUGAUUAGACAAGGUGUAACGGAGGAGGAGGUUCACGAGACUGACAAAAACAAGAGAACUGGACUAAUAGUGGCGUGUUACCAAGGGUACGUAGACGUGGUGAUUGCGCUCGCCCAGUGUCCUCAUCUGGAUGUAAACUGGCAGGACAACGAAGGCAAUACAGCCCUCAUCACUGCCUCACAGGCAGGUCACAUCGUAAUCUCUAACUACCUACUCAACUACUUUCCCGGGCUUGACAUCGAGAAGAAGAAUUGCCAUGGUUUCACUGCUCUGAUGAAAGCUGCUAUACAGGGUCGAGUGGAAUGUGUCAAAGCCCUGAUGCUGGCAGGAGCUGAUCUAGAGGCUAGAGACAAUGGAAGGAAGUUCAACGCACGAGAGUGGGCCAUCUUCACAAGCCGCUAUGAGACUGCCUUUGUCAUGAUACAGUUGAUGCAGCAGCCAUGUCCUGAGCAGUUCUGCAACAACUAUCGGCCUGAGUGGCCCCUUCUGCCUGUGCUGGUGGCCAAAGCCCAGUCGCCUAAAGGAUGCAUUCAGAGGAUUUCAGAGACCCUACGCAACUUCUUUGACAUCAGAAAUGUCACUGAAGCUUCAGAAGACGGUGUUCUGGAUCACAUGGUGCGCAUGACAACUGCACUGGGGAGUCCGUUUGUCACAACAGCAUGUCGGACAGUGUGUCCUGGCAGCCCGCCCUGUGUGGGAAAACGGCGUUAUGCUGUUCAGGAGAUACUGAAAAAGCAACGAGUCCAGCACCUGAAAGUACUGGGGCCCGAGCGCCUCGAGAACUACAAAAGUCUUUUCCAGAACUCUCGUGUCUUGUUGGUGCCCAAACCCAAAGAUCGGAGAUCUAGUCUGCAGCCCCAGGCCCUAUCAGAUGGCUCCUCCCUAGCCUUCCGUAGGGGAAGUCUGCUCCCUUUACACCUGUUGAGAAGAAGCAGCGUAAGGCCAGGUCUGGUGGUGCCCAAGGUGAGAAUUUCCAAAGCACCUACACCCAAUUAUGUGCCGGAGAAAGUGCGGAGGAAAAGCAGCUAUGUAGAUGGCCAGUUCCUCCAGAUUCCCAAGUGGAGAUAUAAAGAGCUUAAGGAAGAGCGAAAAAGAGCAGAGGCAGAGGAGAGGAAAAGACUGGAGGCAAUUACGAAAAGACAGCUCUCUACUGGCAAAAGGAAAUAACUGGGACUAUUGUAGUGUGUGCAAACAUAUUUGUACUUGUUUUAUACUUGAAAUGCAAUUUUGAUAAUGGACAUUGCUUAUUUAUAUAUUUAUUGUUUUAAAAGAAAAAAGAUGACUGCUUUUUUUUUUGUAAUGACAAAUGCUUCUGUCCUAAAUGUUAAGCUUGUACAAUAGGGUAAACCAAAUGGUUAAAAGUAAAAAACUUUAACAUCAGCAAACUAGCCAACAACAAAGCUCUCAGAUGAGUUAAAAUGGGUACACUACUAAAAUGAGAUAUUGUGUUUACAUCCCCAAAAAAAGGGUUGCUGAUGGCAACCUUACAUUAUUUAGGGAGAUGUUUAAGGCUAGCAUUGUGUCAGAAUUAUCAGUAGCAUCAUGAAUGUAUUUAGCAAAUAUAAAUGUACCGUACCUCAUUUAAAAAAAAAAAAAAAUGGUUUGAUGGUGUUUUGAGAGUAGCAAUACCUGUAUUUGCACAUAUUUCAGAGACCAAUGAGAGAGCUACAGACAAUCACCAUCAAACAAUGAAAGAGUAAAUGAAACACCGAUUUGCUACACAGAACAAGAAAACAGAGGAACUGAUAAGGUUUGAUAUUUUGGAUAAGUAUAUUUUUUAAAAGGCAUUUAUGCAACUAAAGCACUCAUGACUUUUAUAUCCAUGUUCUGAAACUCUUAAGUCUUUAUAUAUGUAUAUAUAUAUAUAUAAAAUAUAUAAAGAGUGUCCGAUGACUGCUAUGCAGAACAGAUUUUUUAUAGCCAAAAAACAAUCAUUAGAGAACAAAAAUAAUAUGCAUCAUGAAUAUCUUAGUAAUAAUAAUAACAAUUAUUAUUAUUAUUAUAUAACAGUGCAACUUUUAAGCUUAAAUGCAUUGUUCUGUGUUUCUCACUUGAGAGGGAAUGGCAGUAUUUAUCAGUAGGCAUUAAAGAACCAAUAAUAGAUUAAGAACAAAAGUUUUAAAAUCUGUAAUAACUAUACAGACACAUAUAUUGCCAAUCAAAUGUUUGGGGUCACUGACACAAUCUUUAUGAUUUAUUUUUCACAUUUUAUAAUAAUACUAUAGUCAUCAAAACUAUAAAAUAACAGAAAUGGUACUAUGGGAGUUAUUAUUCACAAAUAAAUCCUAACUGUGUUAUAUUUUAGCAUCUUCAAAUUAUUCACACUUUGUCUAGAAUUUGCAGAAAUGUACACAUGAUAUUUUCCCAAUUUCAUGUUGUAUCACCCUGAGAUGAUUUUUAAACAGUGUUGAAGGAGUUCUUUACUUCUUUAUUAUUUGGUCCAAGUCAUCCAUUUCAAAAACUUAAAUAAAAUAAAUAAAUCAAAUUUCAAUUAUGUUAUGAAAAAAAUUAAUAAGUUGGCACAAUUAUAUUUUUGUCAAAACGAAUUUCAAAUAUUUAAGCAUACGCCUUCAUAUCAAAAGGGUUUUAAGAUCAUUUUCAGAACAUUUCAGUCAAGUGACACCAAACUUUUGAACAGCAGUGCAUAUAUUUAUAUAUAUAGCUACCACACAGUGCUAUUUCUGGAAGUCAUUGUACUGAGCACAGUAAUGCAAUAACAAAAUACAAUAUGUAAACAUAUCAAUAAAUCUCAAGUAAAAUAACAGAAUGGAAUGCAAGCAGGAUAAUGAAAAGUCUUUUAAUUAAAGAACGUGCAGUGAUAUAUCUAUUUGAAACAUCUUCCCACUGAUCAUUAUAUGUUCUCAAUAGCACCACUGUGCCUCUGCAUCCAACACACAGAAUACGCAAAAACACACACUCUGGACAGUUAAUUUUAUACGAAGGUCAUAACCAAAUGUUGACCAAAAGUCAGGACACCCUCUUAUCUUAAACUAAUAUAAAACUCUGUUUGAACUAUUGUAAUAAUUAACAAACCAAAACUGAUCACUAGAAAUAAAUGUAUCUCAUUAUAUCUUUGGAAUAAAACUGCUUUAUAAUAAUGUACAGUGUAUAAGUGUGACUUUGCAUUUUUUUAAAUCUUUCUAGAGCAGUACUUGUAAAACUAAAGGUAAAGGAUAGGCCUUAUUAAGCUAUUAGGAACAUUGAGGUCACUGAUUCUGACUGACUUUGACGGACUUAUCGGUCUUGCAAGGUCAGCAUUUCCCUCAGGGCAACACAAAGCUGCAUUAAGGUAAAUUAAACGCCCUCUACUGGAUAACAAGAGCACUGUUCUGUGAAUUGUGGCAGAGUGGAUAUCCUCUCAAAAGACAAAUAGACAGAGGGCUUGAAUGUCAGAUAGACCUCCAGGUUUGGGUCACUCUGAACCAGCUUCAAACCCAGUCACUGUGAAUUCCAGAUACCAUAGUGGAGUACAACCUUGACCUGAAAUAUUUUGUAAGUUUAACUGCCACUCAAACUUUUGAGGUUCACCUUUUCUGAGGGAGAACAGCAGGUUUGGCCAGCUGGUGUGCUAAUGGCAUGUAUGGCCUAUAUGCAGAAGUCUUGCUGCUUUGGGCCCUGAAUAUGUUGUGGGAACAACCUGAAGCCUGCUGCAGCUGGCAGCACUUAUCAAAACCUGAGCAGAAGAUGGCGCCGAGUAUGGCUGCUGCGUUGCGAGCUCCGUUACAACACUGCGGUUUAUUGUUUGUUUUGUUUACAGUUCUUUGUUUUUUUGUCUUGGAUGUUGUCUGCCUUAUUGUUUACGACAGACAAACGCUUUUGGACAUUAGUUCUACAAUCACACAUCGAAAACCGGACUUCAAAUUCCUUAAUGCCGACCCGCUGUUUACAAACACGCCGGCGGAGCCCUUUGUCUGUGCUGCUCGGCCGCGGAAACGCAGAAGGAAAAGAGGAAAACGAGCCGGCGUUCUCAUCAGAGUAAGACGUCGUGCAAAUCGACCCCCGCUACCCAGUAUACUACUGGCAAAUGUUCAGUCUCUGGACAACAAACUCUGCGAGCUGAGAGCGCGGAUCUCUUUCCAACGAGAGACGAGGGACUGCUGCGUUAUGUGCCUUACAGAAACCUGGCUGUCUACGGAGAUUCCAGACUCGGCCAUCGAAAUCACGGGCUUUUCCGUGCACCGAGCGGACAGAGCGAAAGACCUCUCUGGUAAAAGCAGAGGUGGUGGUGUAUGUUUUAUGAUCAACAAAUCAUGGUGUGAUCAGAGGAACGUACAUUUCAUCAAGUCUUUUUGCUCUCCUGAUCUGGAAUAUCUCAUGCUUCUGUGUCGACCAUUCUGGCUGCCGAGGGAAUUCACAGCGGUUAUCAUCACAGCUGUGUAC